GCACUCUCGCUCUUGCGCACGUCUUACAUCCCGCUUCACGGUACCGAAGUCAACUUCGGCUCUUAACGAAGAUAUAGCACGAACGUGUGUUGCGAGAACCGCAGCCCUUUGUCUCUUUUUCUCCUGGAAUGGCUUUUUAACGAAGAUUACCACAAACAAAAUGAAUCUUGACUGCAAGACAAAAUUUUAUUCGAAUUCGUCGAAAGCGGUUCAUUCGAAAAAUUUCACCCGUUGAAACAAGGCGCGCUUUUAUGUUUAUUGUUAUUGAUAUUAUUAUUGCGUGUUCCCGCGAAUUCGUAUUGUGGGGGACGUGUGUGAUCUCGGGAUGGUAAAUUUGCCAUGAUCGAUGAGUGUAGCUCAACUCAGUGGAAAAUUGUGUAAUUUCGUUUAAUGCAUACUGCUGGUAUCAUCUGGAAAAGUGGUUAACAUAACGUGCAAAAACAAAUAUUUUUUUUUUGGCGACCUCUAAAAGGCUCAUUCUUAGACCAUGCAACACAUACUAUGGGCUAUCAGAUAGUGCUACUAAAAACACACGAUUAACUGCUGCUAUAUAGCUUGCCGAACUAAGCGGGAAGUGUUGUGGUUUUUAUGUAUGGUGCAAGUGCAUUGCCAUGUAGAUUUUUACCGGUCAGUGCUGCAAACAAUAAAAGUAUCGCAUUAAAACAUCCAGUAGCAAUCGAGCAAAUCGAGUCAAAGUCGCACAGAGCAUUUACGUCCUACAGAUUGAUUCACGGUACCCUAAUACACCGAGAGCAGAGGCGAGGAAACAGUACAGAUUUCGUUUGUGACAAAGUGCCAAUAGUGUUUACGCAUAAGGAAAAAGCAAGGAUUUGAUCGACUGCCUUCUUCUAUCGGCGAGAUGGUGAAUCGGCCGGGAAAAAGUGUGUUGUAAAAACACGGGCCACUGCGAAACGAAAAGCAAAGUGUAUGUGUUCGUUGUUGGAAAUAAUAUUCUUCCAUUGUUGUGAACAUUCGUGAAAGACACAUCUGUUGUAGUAAAAUCGAAGACGACUCCCAGAUCGUCUAGAGAGGUGGUUUGGGACUUGCAUUGGUUUUAACGCAUCGCUGCUAGUGAACGAGCAUAACCAUGAAUUCAUACUUCGAACAGACCGGGUUCUAUGGACAUCCGCACCAGGCAGCGGCCGGCAUGAUGACGACGACAGGAACACAUCAUGACCAAACAACGGCAGCAGCGGCAGCGGCAUACCGAGGUUUUCCGCUAUCGCUCGGAAUGUCCCCGUACACGAACCAUCACCUGCACCAAACGCGCUCGGCCCAAGAGUCACCGUAUGAUGCCAGCAUACAGGCCGCGUGUAAACAGAUUUACGAGGGUUCCUACAGUUCCAAAGACUGUGGCACGAAAGGUGGUAGCGGAAAUAACGGCACGGACGCAACCAACGGUUACAAAGACGUGUGGAACGCAAACAGUGGCGCAGCGAAUGGCGCGGCCACCGGAGCCACCGGUGGUAACGUACCUGCCCAGCAAAACAAUUCUGUUCCGGUGCGACCUUCGGCAUGUACGCCCGAUUCACGAGUAGGGGGCUAUAUCGAUGCAUCCGGAGGAAGCCCUGUGAGUCGAACUGGUUCGGCUGCUGCCGCAGCUGGCGUAGCCGGAUCGUGGAAUACCAACCAAUGUUCACUAACUGGGUCAACCGGUGGCCAAACUGCUCCUACCACCGGACUACAUCAGUCCAAUCACACUUUUUAUCCCUGGAUGGCUAUUGCAGGUAAGAGAUAUUCAGAAUCUCUUGCGGGCACACUUCUACCAGACUGGAUAGGUGCAAAUGGAUUGCGACGAAGAGGACGCCAAACCUACACAAGAUACCAAACGCUGGAACUGGAGAAGGAGUUCCACACCAACCACUACCUUACCCGUCGACGCCGGAUUGAAAUGGCACACGCUCUCUGUCUAACGGAGCGACAGAUUAAAAUUUGGUUUCAGAAUCGCCGAAUGAAGCUAAAGAAGGAAAUUCAAGCCAUCAAGGAGCUAAACGAGCAAGAAAAACAAGCCCAGGCACAGAAAGCGGCCGCCGCGGCAGCUGCAGCGGCCGCGUUACAUGAGCAAAACUAGGGGUUACACCAACAACACACCAAUCACAGUAGUGCUAGUAAUUAUUUAUACUAAAGAGAACAAAUUCCAGUUGAAUCAGGAAACCGAUUAAAACGGCAAUUACAAAUUGAUUAUCUGCUCUUCAUGUCAUCAAAGUAUGCAGGUAGGCUUAGGAUAUCCUUCUUUGUCGGUUGUGCAGCCUCGGAGGCCCUACCUUGUCCUAUCGUACAACAUUCGUACAAUAAGUUCAUCUUCCUUUCUUUGUUCUUUGUAAAAACUGUUCCUAGUGCUCAUCGUCAACAUCAGGGAUUUUUACAAACUCUCAUGCUUUUGUUGUUCCACCUGCGACCUGCGUUUGUGUUUAUUUACCGUCUUACAACAUUUGUGCUUAGGUUUUUUUGUUUUCUAUUCUUAUACCGGCACAUUUCAUGUAACGAUGAUUGCAUAUAUUUGCAAAUUGUGAUCAAUUAGUCAGUUUUGGAUUUCAGUUGUUUCGCUUUAUUUCAUUUGAUUGGCAUCAACAGUGAAUGGUGGUAGUGAAAUGGUGAACCUAAAAAUGAUUGAAAUUCUUGAGAAUCCUCUAUGUGAAAUAACUCAGCAUCUAAAUAGGCAGAUAUAUUCAAGCAUACUUUUUUCAAAAAACCCCACUUCUUCAAUCUUCAAUCCUAGAACAAACAUAUAGGUUAAUGACCAUUCCUAAUGAACAAAUCAUGCUUCCGGGAUGAUGUGGCUAUGAUGCCGUCGUGGACGACUGGUGGCAAGUAUGUCGCACUUUGUAAUAUAGGCGCAUGGUAAAAGUAAACAAACUGAACAGAAUGAAGAAUGAACUCUUUUUACAACAACGCAUACAAGAAACACCCGCGAGAACACAAAUGCAUGACAACUACCAGUGUACAAAUUUGAAUCGGAAUUAAGCAAAGCAAAUGAUACAAAAACAAAAGGCAGUUCUCUCUAAGCGGUAACAUAUAACGAAAGGGAAUUUCGGAAACAGAUAUACGUAACGGAACUGUACAUGAAACAAGGCAGAAAUACUAGGAAACUAAUUUACUGCACAUGACGUAAUAGAUAGUAGCUUCUCCAAAAAUUGUCAAAGAAGUUCAUUAGCGCGAAAAUCCUUUCAUAUUGCUUCACUAAGUUGCGCUGUCAAAGGCGUACUCUUUAAAAUUCAGUUCACACAAACACCGAUAAGAGAUCAGAAUUUAGCUUUCUGUUGUGAUGUAAAAACUUGCAAUACUAUAGAUUUAUCUCGAGAACUACUUCGAUUUGAUAAUGUAAAACUUGGGCGUAAUUGAUAGUAUAGAAUCCGUUCCAUUGAUUUUAUUUUUAAAAUAGUGCGAUUAUUAGUAUUUUACAUUGCUACAUGUACGAAUGUCGUACCUUCUAGAGUCAGCAGCAAAGAGUAUUUUCAUGUUAGGUAGUUGAGUUUGGUCUCCCACGAAAACAAAACAAAAACUGGUGAUCUGCAAUGAGAACAUCGCCUACGCGUAAAAGAACCUACGUUCGUUCUCUGAAGGGAGACUUAGACAAAUUUUCGGAAUGAUCUGUAAUGUUGCUUCGUUAUUUAUUUUGAUUAUUAUGUACUCUGUAGCUUCAGCCAUCUUCCCAGUGCUCUUAUGUUUUGUUGUCUUUGGUAGAUCACUUUUGUUGAUUUUAAUUUUUAAAUUUUGAGUAUCGUUUUGUAUAUAUAGAACACUUGAAUAGCUUUAACAGAAAUAAACCUUUUUUUUAAUGAACAAAAAACCUUUACUUCCCUCAAUACAAUGCCUGCGUGUAGUCCAGGUGUAUUGUGAUGCAUGUGUAGUUUGUUUGUUUGUUUUUUUUUAAUGAAUGCCUGCAAUGAAUUAAACUGUACUACUUGCAUUGGAUGCCAAUGUACUUAUUUAUUGCAAAAUUUAAAGAAUAGCAUAUGAAUGAAACAGCAUAAUUUUACCUGUAGAAAUGUAACAUCGGAACAUUUAGUUUAUUUGCGCUUCAUAGCAACGAGUGACAUUCGAUCUCUUGCAUUGUUCACUAACGUUGACUGGAAACAUUGUUUGGUAUCAUAUCGUGGUAAAAUGUAACACAACAUGAAACGACAUUCAAACUCCAUUUUCAACCCCAAACCUGUAGAGAAUACCCGGAAACAAUCUCCCCCCCCCCCCCCCCCCCCCCCCAAUAUUUGAAACAUUUUGCUGUUCUGCUGUUCUUCUAUGAUGAAUGGUUACGAACUGCAAAACCUAGCGAAGAAUGUUCUGCUGAGAGAAAGAGAGAACCAAAACAAAUAUCUAGGACGGAAAUACGUAACUGUAGAUUUAAUGAACACUUUCGAAAAGAAACAUAUAAUUAUAGAAAAGCAAGAAAACCUAGUUUUGGUUAGUGAUGUUAAUUUCGCCCCACAGAACGAUAAGAGUCGAAAUGAAAAAUAACAAAAAGCCACGUACGAAACAACGCAACUCAUUUACUUCUUGGAGGACAAAACAUAAAUGCUACUUUUACAACCCAGUGCAAAACAAAGCGGUAAUUGUAUGAGAGUUUGUACGCGCAACCUCUUUUGCAAAAAGCUACAAAACUACAAACAAAACAUUAAAUGUAUACGUAACUAGCCCGUAAGAAGAUCCUGUAUUUAAAUAUGAAUAUUGAAUAUGAACUAGUAAGCGAUAAGAAGCGUAAACGCAAAUGUGUUUAGAAGGAAGGAAAUGUUCAAAUGCAAUGGAAUAACACUGGUAUAAGGAUUGCUAAAAGUAACAUUGAAACACGAUAUUUGCUGCAACUAAACUGGUUUAGUUGACUGCUUUUCCAAUAAAAGUAAAAAUCAAUGAGUAAAGCAAAUUACACCACCCAAAGUAGAAUACAUGUGACCACAGAACGUAUGUUUUACUUACACCACAGCUACGUACAUAAAGUAAGCGGCAAUUUGUGCAAACACUUUGUCUAGAAGGCUAGAUCAACAACACUGAAUGAGCAAAUAGACGUGGUUUUGCUGGUAGUUUUAAGUAACUAAAUUUGAGCAGCCCGAAGCGCUGCAGAUGCUGCUCAGCAACUAUUAGGAGCGCAGUUAUAAGAAGCUCAAAACUUUAAGUAAACAAAAGGCGAAGGUGAAUUGAGAUUGAACAUUACAAGGAACGGCAAGGUUUUCUCUUGCCAGAUCAAAGAUGAAAAAAUCAGAAAAUAUCUAAAACAAAAAUAAAUGUAAAGAAGACAAAAGUGGGUCAUUUUAGUUGGAAACCGACCGUAAGCAAUUACCAGAUUUGUCAGAAAAUAAAUGAAUCGAAUACGACAGAAAAUCAUAA